CCGGAAAUCAAAUGUCAUUACCCGACGCGGCUAAUUUGGCGAUUACUGCUGUUCUUUUGCUUUUCGACAAUGCCAGCGGCGGGGAUCAGCCGCACCUUCCCGAUCGGAUCCUCGGCGUCGCUGCUGCUGCUGCUGCUGCUGGCUCGCACUGAAGAAGCCUCCUAGGAUUGCCCGCUUGAUGCUUUAGCUCGCCGAGACCGCAGUUGUCAUUGAUCCGCUGCCCGAGCCUCACACUCAUAGUAAAGGAAUACAUUCGCCAAGAUGAUGUGCGAGGUGAUGCCCACCAUCAGCGAGGACACGGCGUUGAACCAGCGCGGCUCUCAGAGCAGCUCCUCAGACCCGGACUCCCACUUUGAGCAGCUGAUGGUCAACAUGCUGGACGAGAGGGACCGGCUGCUGGACACGCUGAGGGAGACGCAGGAGAGCCUCGGCGUGUCCCAGCAGCACCUUCAGGACGUCAUCUACGACCGUGACUCUCUGCAGCGCCAGCUCAGCUCCGCCCUGCCACAGGAGUUUGCUGCGCUGACCAAGGAGCUGAACACCUGCAGGGAGCAGCUGUUAGAGAAGGAGGAGGAGAUCUCUGAGCUCAAAGCCGAGAGGAACAACACCAGGCUACUGCUGGAGCAUCUGGAGUGCCUUGUGUCCAGACACGAGCGGUCGCUUCGCAUGACGGUGGUCAAGCGGCAGGCUCAGUCUCCUUCGGGAGUCUCCAGUGAAGUCGAGGUCCUCAAAGCGCUCAAGUCCUUGUUCGAACACCAUAAAGCCCUCGAUGAGAAGGUAAGAGAGAGACUACGGGUGUCACUGGAGAGGGUGUCCGCCUUGGAGGAGGAGCUCACAGCAGCCAAUCAGGAGAUCGUGGCCUUACGGGAACAAAAUGCUCACAUUCAGAGGAAAGUGGCUUCUGGGGACGGAGGAGAGGACAUACUGGAGGGCACUGAAGCUCAACAGAAGGUCCAUGGCAAGCGUCUGUCCAACGGCUCUCUGGAGUCGGCCCAUGAGGCGAGCCAGGUGGUGGAGCUGCAGGACCUGCUGGAGAAGCAGAACUACGAGCUGGCCCAGAUGAAGGAGCGCAUGUCCUCCCUCUCCUCCCGCGUGUGCGAGGUGGAGCAGGAGCUGGAGACCGCCCGGAAGGACCUCAUCAAGUCAGAGGAGAUGAACAACAAGUACCAGAGGGACAUCAAAGAGGCCAUGUGUCAGAAAGAGGACAUGGAGGAGCGGAUCGUUACAUUGGAAAAACGCUACCUGAGCGCCCAACGAGAGUCCACGUCGGUGCACGACAUCAACGACAAACUGGAGAACGAGUUGGCCAAUAAGGAGGCGUUCCUCAGACAGAUGGAGGAGAAGAACAGGCAGCUACUGGAGAGGCUGGAGCUCGCAGAGCAGAAGCUCCAGCAGACCAUGAGGAAGGCGGAGACGCUGCCGGAGGUCGAGGCCGAACUGGCGCAGAGGAUAGCAGCCCUCACCAAGGCGGAGGAGCGUCACGGGAACAUUGAGGAGCGAAUGAGGCACUUGGAAUGCCAGCUGGAGGAGAAGAACCAGGAGCUGCUACGGGCUCGCCAGAGAGAAAAGAUGAACGAGGAGCACAACAAGCGCCUCUCGGACACGGUGGACAGACUCCUCACAGAGUCCAACGAGCGCCUUCAGCUGCACCUGAAGGAGAGAAUGGCAGCUCUAGAAGAGAAGAAUGUGUUAAUCCAAGACUCAGAAGGUUACAGAAAACAGUACGAGGAUUCAAUCCAUGACAAAACACAUCUGGCAGACGAGAUUGAUAAACUGAGAUCAGAGCUGGACCAAUACAGAUUGAGGGCAGGCUCCCUCACAGAACCCAGCCUGUCACGGUCUCAUCUGGACACAUCAACUGAGCUCCGAUUCUCAUUGGGAUCUCUGGCUGAAACGCAGUCGGACCACUACCGCUCAGCCAAGGUCAUCCGGCGGCCAAGGAGAGGUCGAGUGGGUCUGCACGAAACCAAGGCUAAAUCGCUGGGGGAGCAUGAAUGGCGCUCGCAGCAGCUCGGGGUUCUGGGAGGCCAUCACUUCGAGAGCGACACGGAGAUGUCCGACAUCGAUGACGACGACAGGGAAACGAUGUUCAGCUCCAUGGACCUGCUGUCACCAGGCGGCCACUCUGAUGCACAAACUCUGGCCAUGAUGCUGCAGGAACAGCUGGACGCAAUCAACAAGGAGAUUCGGCUGAUCCAGGAGGAGAAGGAGUCGACGGAGCUGCGGGCGGAGGAGAUUGAAAACCGGGUGGCGAGUGUCAGCCUGGAGGGUCUCAACCUGGCUCGCAUGCACCACCACGGAGCCUCCAUCACUGCCUCAGCCACCGCCUCCUCCUUGGCCUCCUCCUCCCCGCCCAGCGGACACUCCUCGCCCAAACUUGAUCCUCGAAGUCCCGCUCGCGACAUGGAGCGCAUGGGGGUCAUGACACUGCCCAGUGAUCUGAGGAAACACAGGAGAAAGAUAGCGGCGGUGGACGAGGACGGCCACGAGGACAAGGCCACCAUCAAGUGUGAGACAUCCCCCCCUGCAACGCCACGCACGGUCCGAAUGACACACACACUGCCAGCCUCCUCGCACAAUGACGCACGAGGGAUCGUGUCCUCUCUGGAGGCUGAAGCCAGCGCACUGAGCAGUGUAGGCAGCAGCCAAGACUCGCUCCACAAGCAGCCGAAGAAGAAGGGCAUCAAAUCCUCCAUCGGACGGCUUUUUGGCAAGAAGGAGAAGGGCAGGAUGGCACAUAUGGCACACAGACAUGUCAUGGUGGAUCCCCAAGCGACCAUGAUGGACCCAGACAUGGCGGGCCAGGACAUGGGCGUGGGCAAGCUGGGGACUCAGGCUGAGAAGGACCGCAGGUUGAAAAAGAACGGACACGAGCUAUUGGAGGAGGCCAGGAGAAAGGGUUUACCUUUCGCCCAAUGGGACGGUCCCACAGUUGUAGCCUGGCUGGAGCUGUGGUUGGGAAUGCCGGCCUGGUACGUGGCGGCGUGCCGCGCCAACGUGAAGAGUGGAGCCAUCAUGUCGGCGCUAUCUGACACCGAGAUCCAGAGGGAGAUCGGUAUCAGUAACCCGCUGCACCGCCUCAAGCUUCGCCUGGCCAUCCAGGAAAUGGUCUCCCUCACCAGCCCCUCAGCACCGCCCACCUCCAGAACCCCGUCAGGCAAUGUAUGGGUGACCCAUGAGGAGAUGGAGACCAUGGCAGCCCCUUCCAAAACGAAGUCAAACUCUGAAGAGGGGAGCUGGGCACAGACUCUGGCUUAUGGCGACAUGAACCAUGAGUGGAUAGGGAACGAGUGGCUGCCCAGUCUAGGACUGCAUCAGUACCGCAGCUACUUCAUGGAGUGCCUGGUGGACGCGCGCAUGCUGGACCACCUCACCAAGAAGGACCUGAGGGUGCACCUCAAAAUGGUGGACAGCUUCCACAGAACAAGUUUACAGUAUGGAAUCAUGGGUCUAAAGAAGCUCAACUACGACAGGAAGGAGCUCGAGAGACGCAGGGAGCACAGCCAGCACGAAAUGAGAGACGUGCUGGUGUGGAGUAACGAGCGGGUGAUCCGCUGGGUGCAGAGCAUAGGCCUGAGGGACUACGCCAACAUCCUGUUUGAGAGCGGAGUACACGGAGCUCUGGUCGCCUUGGAUGACAACUUUGACUACAGCAGUUUGGCGCUGCUCCUCCAGAUCCCCAACCAAAACACUCAGGCACGUCAGAUUCUGGAGCGAGAGUACAACAACAUGCUGGCACUGGGCACCGACAGGAGACUGGAUGAGUGUGACGACAAAGACUUCAGAGGUCCCUCGUGGAGGAGGCAGUUCCCGCCCCGGGACAUUCACGGUAUAUGUAUGAUGCCCGGGUCAGCAGAGACGCUCCCUGCUGGGUUCCGCCUCACCGCCUCGGCUGGUCACUCCCGAAGAUUGCCCCCAGAGGUCGGAUCGUCUACAGUGCAGCGGAUGGACAGCUCCACGGUACAGUUCUGAAGGGAGAUGAACCAGCGGAGCCGCUGGACAGGCCAACCUGCCGAGGAACAAACCAUUCUGACGACACGCACUGCCAAGAAGCCCUGCUCCCCUCUCUGCCCCCCCCUCCCCCCUCCCUGACCCUCCUCCCUAUAAUGUGGGCACCAGAUGCCGGUGCUAAACUGUCCUGCAGGCUGCCCCGUUGUCACCAUUUCUACCUUUUACAUGUACAGUAACUUGUCGAAGCAUAACGUACUGUGUAUUUCUUCUACAGGAGAUGUGUAGGUGAUCUGUAAAUAAAUGCCAUUUUUUUAAUAUAUACACACACACAUCUAUGUAUAAAAAGAUAUUCAGAGUUUGUGCAAAAAAACGUCCCUGCCACCUCAUUUAGUGGACCAUAGAUUAAUAUAUGCUGCUCUUUUAACUGUCUCCAUAUUACCCCUCUCUAGAUCAUUUUGUACAUAUGGUUUUAUUUUUUCAUUGUGAAGCUGACCCCAGUGCUGCGCCAGAGAGGAAGAGACUGGAUGUUGUGUGAAAACCUGCCCUCUAGUGGUGUACAACAACACCCACUCCGAGCCCCAACAAACUCCAUCCUCCUUUUUAUGGACACGCGGUCAUAAAACAAACAAAAAAAAGGAGCAUUUUAAGAGGACACGUCGACACGACAAGCACUUUGAUACAACCGCAUCAACUCAAC